AUGGUCAACCAAAUCCAGUCCCCCGUCAUGGACGCAUCAGGAAAGACAAGGCUACGCGAAUCCUUGGAGCGCGCGGCAAGAGGCCAAGGGCCUAGUGUCGGUCAGUGGCUAGAGUUUCCAGGCUACUCUCUGGCGAGGACAGUGGCACCUUUGGGUGAGGAUUGGGUUCUCAUAGACACGGAGCACGGGAACAUCGAUGACAGCCAGAUGUAUCUCCAAGUCGGUGCAAUCUCAUCCUCGGGGGCGUCUCCAAUUGUGCGGAUACCAGCUUCAGAACAUUGGAUGAUGAAGAGAGCUUUGGAUUGUGGAGCGCAUGCCAUCAUGGAGCAAGCUGAAGCCAUCGUUCGCGCGUGCAAGUAUCCCUCCUCACGCUGGCCACAAGGUCUCCGAGGCGCAGGAGCUAUGUUUGCCCCCGCAGCUUUUAACCAAACCGGUCGAGAAUACCUUCUUACCGCCAACGACAACGUCAUGAUAUGCGUACAAAUAGAGAGCCGAAAGGCCGUAGAGACCGUUGAAGAGAUCGCGGCUGUUGACGGCAUCGACAUGUUGUUCAUUGGACCCAACGAUCUUGCUUCGUCUAUGGGGUAUGUGGCAUUUGACCAUGCCUCAAUACCAGAAGUCCAGGAGGCGUCAGCACGCGUGCUCAAAGCAGGGCUUAAUGCUGGGAAAUAUGUCGGUCAUUUUGCACUUAGCGCUGAUGCUGCGGCAUUGAAGUACAAGCAAGGGUUUCACUUCGUAAACUGCGGAGCUGAUAUCGUUGCCAUCACAGCUUGGAUGUCAGGGGAAAUGGCCGAGUUGAAGGACUUGGUGGCGACUAUGGGGAAGCAAAGAAACGAGGUUCAACAAAAGAUGGACGGAGAGCAGGGAAACGAAGAUUCAGAGAACAAGUUACCCUCAACCCAGAGCAAUAUUGGCUACAGUUAA